GAUUGUCCAUUUAGAACAGUAUGACAACUGGCACUGUCACUGAAACGUUUUUAUUGCGACUGUUCGAUGUUAUACUUUAAACUCGACGUCGAGGACGUUUAAUCAUCAUUUGAGAGACAUGACUGUGACGUUACAUCGCGAUCAAAUUAUCACUUAGCGAAACUCGAGACCUGUAAUUCUACAUAUUUUUUUAGCCCACAGUGUGGCGCGUUCUCGAGCUUCGAACAAAAAGAUUUCCAACUGCACUCCCAUAUUAUUAUUCUGACGUGAAAGAUUAUCGAAGAGUGGGAGGAAGCGGACUGUUUUUUCCUGUGUUUUUCACCCAAUAAAUCUCCAUCUUCGCGAGGACAAAAAAAUGCCACUCUUGUACAGCGUAGUGGCUCGAGGGACCACUGUCCUAGCUAAACAUGCCACGUGCGCUGGAAACUUCGAAGAUGUUACCGAACACAUAUUGGCAAAAAUACCGCCACAAAAUGACAAACUCACUUAUACCCAGGGACCAUACUUGUUCCAUUAUAUCUACGAAAAUGGAAUUAUCUACAUGUGCAUCUCCGACGACGACUUUCAAAGAUCCAGAGCUUUUUUAUUCCUGAACGAGAUCAAGAGACGCUUCCAAGCCGGAUACGGCGAAGGAGCCCAUACCGCAAUGCCGUAUGGGAUGAACACAGAAUUUUCUUCAGUAUUAGCCAAUGAAAUGAAACACUACAGUACAUCCAAGGACAUCGAUACUCUAUCGAAAGUUCAUGGUGAGCUCGACGAAUUGAAGGAUAUUAUGGUCAGAAACAUCGACAACAUAGCAAUGAGAGGAGAACGUUUGGAACUUCUCGUAUACAAGACUGAAAAUUUGACGGCAAGCUCUGUUACUUUCAACAAGACCAGCCGAAAUUUGGCUCGUUUGCUGUUUUGGAAAAGCGUCAAACUUUAUGUGAUCGUUGCUGUAGUAUUAGUGGUCGUGAUUUAUUUCAUCAUUUCCAUGUGCUGCGGUGGUCUCGCAUGGCAAAAGUGCGUUGGGAACUGAACGAGCGAACCUAGCAAAACGCAUUGAGAUAAAAAAACGACGGAAAAAAUGUAAAAAUACUAUCCGAAAACCGGUGUCAACGUACGAAGAAAAACUCGUUAAUCCGGACAACAGUUGAUAUAAAAACAGAGUUUUUCCACCUGAAUUGCCCGUUCGCGUAAGUGUAUCGAUGGACUUUCGAAUAGGUAACAAAACAAAUGUAUAUACAUAUAUAUAUAUUGCAUAUAUUUCGUGUAACCUUAAAGUACUCUGUUAUACGUUUAAGAUUUUUAUGAAAGAUAAAUAAACAAAUGAUUUUAUUCGCUUA